AUGACGGAGGAAAUCAUGAAAAACGCGAGGAGAACGGCUGGUGUGUGCGCCUUGGCAAAGCUUGAUCAUGGAUUCCUCGAUGGCAAACGCGAUCUAUUUCCAAACACCGCAAUCCCAUCCCACAAACCACAUCAAUUCUUGCAUCUUAUCACCAUGUUCGGCCAACCUUGGUAUACCAACAACGCACCCGAAGCCUCUUAUAACCCGUUCUCUGCCUACUACCGACCAUCCCCAUACCAGCGCUCUCCAGCAAGAAACUCGUGGUCCCAAUGGGCGGACGAACAGGCCGAGCGGGCCGAGCAGGAGCGUGCACUCAACAACAUGAGGGCUCGUGCAGAGCAACACGCACGCCGUGCACAGUGGCUCCCUGACGAAGAAGACAUUAGCGACGAGGACUCUGAAUAUAGUCAACUCGGGCCCCGUCAGCGGGCGUAUCUCGAGGCAGUGAGGAGACAGGAGGCGAUGGAGCGCCUCAGAGCUGAGGAGGAGGCCAGGAGAGAGCGUCUUUUCGAGGAGCAGCGUCGGCAGAUGGAGGAGGAACAGGAAGCCCGUCAGCGGCUUCUGGAGGAGCGUAGGAAGCAGUUCCAAGAAAGGCGCGAGGAGGAGGCUCGCCGCCUCUCUGAGGCGUUCGAACGUGAAAUGCAAUCGCGUCUGCACCAGCAGCAAGCUCGAUCGAGCUCUCGGACGCCGCCCUCUCAGGACAAUAUCCGGGUCCCCAUUCCCACCCGCUUCACCCACUUCACCGCUUCAUCCCGUGCACCCUCGCCGAAACAAGUCUACGGCGAGGAGCACGAAGAGGCGGCAUCCCGCAUCCAGAGACAGUUCCGCAUCCACCAGUCGUACCGCGCCCUCCACGCCUUGUCGUCUCAGUUUGAAGAACUCAAACGCAACUUCGUCUACCCUUCUUCAAUCGAUUUCCAGAAGCCUGGAGCUGAGGAAGGUCACAUCACUGUUGCCGCGGCCCAUGUUUCCGCAGACUUUGAGGUACUGGACGACUCCAUCACGGACGCUGAGGCGUCGAUGAACGUCGACUCCGACUCGCCCCUGGAGGCGAAGCUUGCUUACACGUCAACGAACUAUCCCAUCCACCAGUACGCCGACCAGAUGGACCAGAUCCUGAUGAAGCUCGACGGUGUGGAGAGCUGGGGAGAGAAGGACGUCAGGACGGGUCGAAAGAAGAUUGUGAAGGAGAUCGAGGAGGAGUCGGCGAAACUCGAGAGGUAUUGGAAGCAAGCUUGGAGGGCCCACAUUGAGGAGGCAAAGGCGAAGGAGCACCAGGAGGAGCCGAUGGGGGCGAAGAAAGACAUAGUGGAGGUAGAGAUGGCCACCCCGGCACUUGAAGAUUCGCUUCCCGCACCUGUCGAUGCCACAUCCAUCUCUCCGACCGAGGCCAAAUCUAAAUCGGAGUCCACUCCUGCGCAUGCGCUGCCACCGCCAUCGAACCCUGCGAAUCCAACCAACGCGGACUCUUCUUCAAACACAAUAUCUGAGGAGACUCCAAGAUCACUAGAAGAACAGCAGCAGCGAGAAGUUCGAGAGCAAGAGGAGGAGAGCGAAUCGGAGGACCUUGUCACCAUCCCCGCCGACAUCGAUGAGGACGCUUGGGCUCUCGACGAAGUAGUAGCAGACCAAUCACAGGCUGUAUCUCAAGCUGCUAAGUCGAAGGAGGAUUCGGACGUACAGAUGGCUGGAGACGAGUGGGUAGACGUCGGGAAGACAGAGUUUUAA